CAGUCCAUCAGUCUGGUCAUGUGACUGGAGAUUCCAUUCAGCUGAGGGGAGGGAGCUAAAGUUGCACAAUGUUGUACAGCCCAGAGAAACAUGGAUCAUAAGAUGUCGGGGAUUUCCCUGGCGCAGGAAUCGGUGGAACGUGAACAAGAUCAGACGCUGAGACUCCCUGGAGGCUCCGGAUUAGGAUUCAAGGUGCAACAGUAUUGCCCCCCCCCCACACCGUAUGACUGAUGGCCUCAGCUGCUGCUGCACCUCUUGCUCUCACUGGACAGAUGCUGAUGUAUCUCUCGCUGGCAGCUGCUGCCUCCGUCUCCUGCCCCAACUCACACCAGGGGAUGGUCUCUGCAGUUCUGGGGGACACGGCACAGCUCCCCUGUAACUUCUCCUCCCCUGCCGGACACCCGGCCCACAAAGCCAAAGUGGUCUGGCAAAAACAGGAGGAUGAGGAGGAGCUGGUGGUCCAUUUCCAGAACGGGAGAGAGAAUGGGGACUCCCAGCACCGGAACUACAGAAACAGAACCUUCAUCAGACAGGACUGGUUUCAGCAGGGGGAUGGUGGGGUGGAGCUGAAGCAGGUUAAGGGCGAAGAUGAUGGAAUCUACAUCUGCUGGGUCACCCUCCUGCCCCUGGGACCCCACACCCAACACCGGUGCUGCGAGGUGGUGCUCACUGUUAUAUCAAGGACCAUGGCAGAUGCCCCAGACGUUUCUGUCUCUGCCCCAGGGGAUCAUGUGACGGUGUGGAUAAUAUUUAUAGGGUCCGUGUUUCUAUUGAUGUUUCUGCCUGUAGUUUUGACUCACUUGAAUACUUACAGUCAGACUCACAGAUCUUCCUAUGGGAGCCUCUAACACAACUUCACUAUUGAGCUGUUUUGUCGUAUUGAGGCUCCCCAUAAACAGCCAUCACCAAGUAAGGGUCUUCUCUUUGUUCUAUAACAGUUCACUGUUGUAUAUAUCCCCCCUUUGUUAUCCUGCCCCCCUAUUUUUUGUAUUAAUUGCAAGAUCCAAUGUUCAGUCUGCUGCCUCUGCCUGUUCCACAGCGACCCCUACUGGAUAUUUAUUUAUAUGUCUGUGUGACUGGAUCUUGUAACAUUUAUUCUACAGGCUGGGAUGUUGGUCAACUCUUUCUUUAUUUAAUUGGAACAUGUAUAACAAAUGUGAAUAAUAAACCAAAAUGUGAAUCUAAUCCAAGGGGAAGUAGCCUUUCUCUUUUAUUCCAUUUCCUUUAACCAAUAAAAAUGUCCCCAGAACAUAA